AUGUUGACUAAAUCAGGAGGAGUGGAGGCCAAGUUGGAGGCUCUCCAGAGCAAGUUGGAAGCCAUGCAUGCAGACAUCAAAAAAAUUGUUCCCCAUAGUGUUUCGUUCCUCAACGAAGACAACUCCGUCACUCGUUCCACGCCUGUUCAAUCGUUCACAAAUGGUGCUGCGGUUAUGGAAAUGCCAACGAUACCCAUCGGGCGUGGAUCGCGCUUAAAUGCAGCAAGCCCUGCCGCUGAAGCAUCCCCAAACACCACUCCGUCUUCUUUUUUUCUUCCAGUUAUAUCAGGGGGAGGGUCACCGAAACGCGUUGGCUUUCAAGAAAAAGGGCAUGGGGCGGAGACAACAAAUUCAUUAAAUACUCGUCGCAAGGCGGACGCAGCAAGGCAGAAGUUGCAAGAUUUUGUAAAGCCAAUGAUAUUGUCUCCAGGUGAAGAAAAUGUUGCGGAGCUGCGCAGUGCCCCUUGCGCGUGGUUGUUGAGCAUUGCGCUUGCAUGCAGUUACGUUUCUGGUGAAAGUAUCACCAUUGAAGACAUCCUUCGACAAAACCGUCUUGGGCUUCACUACGUUUCUUUUCCCUCCGUGACCCUUGCCGAGCUUUUUGAUGUCACAAAUGAGUUUCUGACAGACCACCCCAAGCUACGGGAGAUGAGGGUACAUUGUGAGGUGGCAACAUUUGACUCCGAGACGGUGGAUGAGCUGGGGGAAGUGAUGGGCACGGGAGAACGCCUGCCCAUCAUGACACUUUCUCAGUUUCGUAAAGACCUCUCCCACUGCGAUCCUAAUUCCAUCUGCGUUCUUAAUUUUG